AUGUCUCGAAAGAGUCAAGAAGAAAUGCUUAUGGAAUGGUUAGAGAUUCCACUAAGCAGUGAUGACGAUCUUGAGUGUUUCUCUGACGAUUCCAUUCAAGAUGAGACAUAUGUUGCUCCAGAAUCUGUUGAUUGUGAUAGUGACAGUAGUGACGAAGAAAGUCAAGUACCAGUAAUUAGGACUGAAGAUGUUUCUGGAACAAGACAAUCUGAUGUUAUAAUGAAGGAAUCGACGUCACAGUUGUCUGAUAAUGCUCUGAAACUGCCAUGCAGCAGCAAAAAUGUUACUAAAAACAGCAGGAGUGUGGUUUGGAAAGAUAAACAGUUGAUUAUUCCCGAACUGCAGUCAAAAUUUCAUGGCAAUACUUCGUUACCAGAAGAAGUAAUAAACUUAAAUACUCCAUACCAAUUCUUCAAACAUAUAUUUCCAUCUAAAUUGUUUGAUCUAAUUGUCGAACAGUCUCAUAGAUACAGUGUGCAGUGUAAUCCUGAUAGACCAAUAGAUUUAUCCUGUGAUGACAUAAAAAAAUUUAUAGGCAUCUGUCUCGUAAUGUCAAUAGUUCAUGUACCUAAUACGAGGGAUUACUGGGGAGAAGUUACUGGUACUCAUCUGAUCAAGACAACAAUGACAGUGAAUCAGUAUGAGCAAAUACGUAAGUUUCUUCACUUCAAUGACAACAGUGCAAUGAUACCCAGGGGUGAAAAAGGUCAUGAUAGACUCUUCAAGAUAAGACCCAUAAUAGAAUUGAUGAGAUCUCGGUUUCAAACAAUACCUGUUGAGGAGUGUGUUUCUGUUGAUGAACAGAUAUGUUCAACAAAGGCUAGAAGUUGUUUGAAACAAUACAUGCCAAACAAGCCUCAUAAAUAUGGAUACAAAUUAUUUGUUAUUAGUGGCAUAUCUGGUUAUGCCCACGAUUUUGAGAUUUUCACUGGAGAUGAAAAUGAACCAGAAAAAAGAGUGACUGGGGAGGAAGACUUGGGAGCAAGUGCAAAUGUUGUAGUUCGACUCAGUAGGAUACUACCAAGAAAUAUGAACCACACACUGUACUGUGACAAUUAUUACACAAGUCUGCCACUGCUUGUAUGGUUACAUAAACAAGGAAUUUACUCACUUGGGACAGUCAGAAGAAACAGAGUGCCAGACUGCAAGCUCCCUUCAGAAGCUGAGCUGAAGAAAAUGGCACGAGGUGCAUCAGUAGAGCGCGUCGCAACAGUGGAUGGUGUCGACAUAUCAAAUGUAGUGUGGAAAGAUAACAAGAGUGUGAUGUUGCUUUCUACACUUGCUGGACAGCAGCCUAUUCAUGAAGCAGGGAGCGCAGCAUGGAAUAGUGUAAAGGAAGAGAAUUUGAAGAAAGCCUGGAAUAAAAUUUUUGACACAGAAGAAAAAUCACAAGGUCUGAUUGAAAAUGACGAACAGAAUGAUAUCUCCGAAAUUCUCGGUAUGCUAAAAGAAAUAUAUUGCCACGAAUGUGAUGAAGAAGACGUUCAUGAAUGGAUGAAUAUCGAUGAUGAAGAUCCAGGACACCAGAUCAUGCAGGACAGCGAGAUUGUAAACGUCGUCAAUGAUAAAGAUGACGCCGCCAGUAUCGCAUCAAUCAGUGCUCCAGAAAGUGAAGAUGAAAGUAUACCAACAGCUUCUGAGGCGUUCACUUGUUUAGAUACUGCCUUGCGCUGGAUUGAAGCCCAAGAUAUAUGA